AACGAUAGAAAUCAUCCCUCGCCUCUCUUGAAUUCCCAUUUCCUCAUAAGAGUUCUCUGCAUACAGACUUUCAAUAUGAAACAAUUGAAAGGAAAUAUGAAGCUGUGGAUUGUGGUGGCAGCAUAUCUUUUGUCGACUGUACUCGUGGCGAGUACAGAAGCUGGGAACAUGGACUCAUUGGCAGAAGAUCAAACUGGGAGGGACAUGAUCAUCCGCUCUGUCGUGCCAAAAAAUGACGAUGUUGUUUCUGGUUCAAAGUCCACACAACACAUUGUUGGCAUAAAUAAUUUGUGCGUUGACGUGUUUCUUGAACUCUACUUUGAUGGAAACUUAGUUCAGUUGUACCCGUGUAAAUCUGACGGAGAUGUGAAUCAACAAUGGAGCUUGGAGAAGAACGGAACCAUUCAAUCUAAAGGCAAGUGUUUGGCCACAAACGGCACAAGUCCAGGAAGCUAUGUAUUUAUCUCUGACUGCAACAAGGUGAAGGCUAGCGCCACAAUUUGGAAAGUACAAAAGGAUGGCUCCAUCCUAAACCCCUCCUCGUCACUAGUUUUGACCUCAAAGUCAGGGAAAAGUGGCUCCCUACUCACCUUGGAAACCAAUGUUUAUGCCUUGCGCCAAGGUUGGCGUUUCACCGAUGUUUCAAAACCAUCACCGAAGUCCAUUGUCGGGCUUUGGGACUACUGCUUGGAAUUUAACAAAUAUGUCCCAAAGUUAGCCAAGUGCGUGGAGAACAAGACUGAACAAAAAUGGAAUUUUUACGCAGAUGGUUCAAUAAGGCUUGAUGCAAACACAGAUUUGUGCCUAACUAGUAAUGGAAAUACCAAAGGAAGCUUGGUCCUCGUUGUCUCUUGUAGCCCUGUGUCAUCUAACCAACGUUGGACGUUUGGGGACAGCCACGGCACAGCUUAUUUCCCCAUUUUGAACGUGAAUAAUGCAUUGGUGUUGGAUGUGAGCUAUUCCAUUCUAAACCUGUUCGAAAUAAUUAUUUGGAAAUUCAACGGAGGAGCUAACCAGGUAUGGCGUCUGUCGUAAUAAUUACCCAAACGCUCCUUUGGCCCUAAAGUCUAUCAAGCCAAGGCAAUAUCUAGCAGCUAAAAUAAAUGAAAACAAAUUAUUGUUGUCCCUUAAAACUGUAUUCCAUCCAUAUUAUAUAUUUUCAAUUCCCUAAUCCCCCUAUGUAUGAUGUUUGAGUAUGCAAUAUUAUUUUAUAUAAAAUAAAUAAAUCUUUUGUUAAGAAA